GGCUUGUAGGGAUUGUCAGAAGCGCAGACGCGUCAUCUCUGCUGUAACUAAGCUUGUCGCCUUGUUUUCAUUUACGACGCCACCGAGAGGAAACGCGGGAGCAUCCCUGAGCCUUUUGGGAACCCCGUGGAAAGAAGCGGGUGGAGUCAGACAGUGACCCGGAAGCAGACGUGACUGCCACAGGCGGAGUGCUGGGGAGCGGCAGCGGUGACUGCAGCGGCAGAAGCAGCGGCUUAUCUGCGUGCAGCCCCAAACUGGGAAGAAGAUGCUAAUUAAAGUGAAGACGCUGACUGGAAAGGAGAUUGAGAUUGACAUUGAACCUACAGACAAGGUGGAGCGAAUCAAGGAGCGUGUGGAAGAGAAAGAGGGAAUCCCUCCCCAGCAGCAGCGGCUUAUCUACAGUGGUAAACAGAUGAAUGAUGAGAAGACAGCAGCUGAUUACAAGAUCCUAGGUGGUUCAGUCCUCCACCUGGUGUUGGCUCUGCGAGGAGGAGGUGGUCUUAGGCAGUGAUGGACCCUCCCUCCGUUUUACCUCCUUACCCUGUCGCUCGUAAUGAGGCAUCAUAUAUCCUCUCACUUUCUGGGACACCAGAGCCGCUGCCCCCUCUCACGGAUGCCCAGUCUUGUGUGUCUACUGGUGGGAGACUGUGAAGGCCCCAGGAUGCAGUGUUCCUGGCCCAAAGGGCCCUUGCUGGUUACUGGGUUUUAGUUUGCAGUCCUGCGUGCUUCCCUCUGUUAUGGCUAUGUCCCUGGUUGUCAAUAAAAUAUUUCCUGGCCUCCUGGAAUCU